ACAUCGCCACCAAUCUAUUACAUUUAAGUAUCCAUUGCUUGUCAAAUUUGACGUUUUCUGCAAGCAGCCAGCAAGAAAGAAAUCGGCGAGCAAUUAUAUUUACCGAAACGUACAAAACGACGACAGUAUGGGUAAUGCUUAUGCACGUGCCAUUAAGCCAGAUGUAACGCCUGGCCCUGAUUGUGUGCCCACAUUCGAUCCAAUGUUGGGUUUCGAAUCACGCAAGGAGCGUGUCAUGAUAGCGACUGUCGAAGAGAUGGAAUCUGCUAAAUUGCCACUAGAAGAUCGUGACUACUGUGCACACAAGCUGCUUAAAUACCGUGCAUGCCGUGCUGAUACCUUCCCCUUUGUAUACAAAUGUCAUCAUGAGAAACAUGACUAUUUAACAUGCGAAUACGAGGACUACGUGUUGCGUAUGAAGGAGUUUGAACGCGAGCGAAGAUUGCGCGAACGCCAAAAGCAGAUCGAGAAGCAGGGUGCUUAGAAUUUAGGAUAUUAAAUGCUUAAAAAAGUUUUGUUAUACAAAUGUGAUGGCAGUUGAUUGCGGGUAUGAAAUACGCCUAUAUGGAAACACAUUUCGUUUAAACACAACUUGUAAUGUUAUUAUUUUCUAGUUCUGCGCUGUUACUAAAAUUACUGCUUGGACCGCUAAAUAACUUGCACGGUGUCACUUUCAUUUUUCAAGCAAAUAGUCAAUGAAAAUAUAUUCUAUAAAUAAAGCGGAAUUAAACAAACGA